UUUCCAGCGUCUUCUCCUCAUUGACGGUUUUUCAGUUUUUUUUUUGUUUACUUUCCUAAGAAGAUUUUUGCUCAAGAAUGACUCGGAAUUUGAAUUCAACUCCGGAUUCUACGGAAAACGUCAAGUUUCUCUACAGUUACGGCGGUAGAAUCGAUAUCCGCCACUCCGACGGCAAGCUGCGGUACGUCGGCGGUUACACGCGUGUUCUUUCUGUCGAUCCUUCCGUUUCGUAUGCAGAGCUGAUGGUGAAAUUUGGGGAAUCGUGUGGAUUUUCUGUGAAUUUGAAGUGUAAAUUGCCGAGCGAAGAUCUGGAUGUACUGAUAUCAGUUAAAUCUGAUGAAGAUCUUCGUAGUGUGAUCGGAGAGUACCGAAGAGCUUCGCCGGAAGCGAAGAUCAGAGCGGUACUUUUUCCGAUCAAAUCGGAGAAGAAAGUGUCUCCUCCGUCUUCUCCAAUGUCGUGUUUCGAUUUUCCUUCCGCUCCAAAGCCUCGCCGCUCGAAAACUCCCCCCGCCGUAUUCUAUUGCUCAAAUCCUUCCUGUGCUGCCGCGCACCGUUCAUCUGCGGCGGCUAUCGCCGCCGGAAGAUGCCGUUGCUGUCAGGCCAGAAGUAUGAGUCACUUUUACCUUGUUCCACGCCGAAUUCACUCUCAUUAACACCCAAAAACGAAAAAUAAAUUUACAUAUACCUAUAUAUAUAUAUACACACACACACAUAGAGCUUGUUUAGAUUAGAUCUCCAAAUACCUUAAGGAUGUUGAUAAUCAUGAGAACCUACUUCGUUUAUUCGUCUCGGAUUGUAUAUUUGUUCCUCUUCCAGAUUUCUUUGUUAAGUUUGGACUCAUCUUCUUCCCUGGCCUGAUACUUUUUCCAUAUAUUCUUCUUCGCUGUACGUAAACUGUAAAUCGUUCAUGAAUUAGGGUUCCGUCACCCGCCGUUACCGGAUUUGACGGAUUCCAGUUAUUUUAAUGGACGCCGUCAAUAAUUGUCCGGUAGGCGUUAUUAUGAGCGCUGCCUCGUUUAAAUGACUCUUCUACUUUCUGAAUAUUCCUCUCCUCGAAACGCUGUCGUUUCGUGGCGGUCACGUGUCGUUCGUUGCUAAGCUCUUUUUUCUGUUUAACUCGUACGUAGGGACACGUGUCGUUGAGAUGACGAAGGCUGUAUCAGAUCCCCAACUAUGGGGUGGUUCUGGCUUCUAUAAAUUCGUUUAUUUUUGUCGUUUCUGUAUAAAUUUUUAUCAUUAAAUUUUUAUUAUUUAAAUUACAGUUAAAAUUCAAAAUUAAUGUUUAUUUAUUUUUAGUCUUGCUUUGAUAUUUUAAAAUAACUAAUGUUUGUCUGUUCAAAGUUUGGAUGAUGCGGCAGGUUUGAAUUUGUGAUCACGAAGUAAUGAGUUCAAAUCUCUUCACAUAUAGUUCGUUUAGUGUGAUUUUUUUGUUGGUCUGGUUUGCAGAAUAUUAUGUUUGAUCGAGGGUUUUUCCAGUGCACCAUCUCGGAUUUACCUACGUCAUUUAAAAAAAAAAUUUGGAUUUUAGGUUUGAAUACUUAAAUAUUAAAAUUAGAAAUUUAAAAUACGGAUAAUAAACCUUUUAUCUUUAUUUUACUUGUCAGUAUUUGC